AGGAUGAUCCCGGUAAUCUCCUACCCGCCAGCGGGCCUCGCUGCCGAGCCAUUAUUUUAUACAUAUGGACCGCACGUCGUGAAAUCCCGCGUGGUUGUAUCAAACAUUCCACGUUGUUUGCUAUCUUCCUUCUUUAGCAUCCACACUUCUUUCGUUCACCGCGUUUCAUCGCUCGACAUAGGCUUCGCCUGCCACCUUGAAGGGAUAUUCAUUCAUUCCAUCUAUUCAUCCAUUCAUUCUCACCGUCACUCUUUUUGAAGUAUAAAAGUUGUAUACUAUAUAAUUAAUAAAACCUCCUUACAAUCCUUACCUUUUAAGGUCCCAAUACUAUAUCUCGUUCUAUACUCCGAACAAUCAAGAUGUUAGCGAAGCAGCAAAUCCUUUACGCCGCCCUCCUCGCCGGGACCGCGCAGGCCGCCGCCCAGUUCCCGACAUGCAUCACAAGCUGCGUGCGACAGUCCGGGUGCGCGCCCACGGACCUCGACUGCAUGUGCAAGAAGGCGUCUGGCACCUUCCUGUCCGACGUCGUGAUCUGCAUGAACCAGUGGUGCGAUGCCAGCACUAAAUUCUCCGACCUGCUCGGGCCUAUCCAGGCCAAGUGCGACGUACCGGAGACCGCCAUCUCGUCCGCAGAGUCCAAGGCCGGCUUCGACACUGGCUCGGACUCGACCCCGUCCGCUACUUCGAAGCCCAGCUCCACGGGAUCAGGAUCGUCCGCUUCUGUGACCGUGAUCAAGAGCGUUGGCGAGCCCAACAAGAUCGACGGGUCCACCUCCGCGCCUCAGGUCACGGGCAGCGCUACCAAGGCUAGUAGCCCCUCCAGCGCCGUAUACUCGGACUCGACGGCCGUGAUUACGGCGACCCCUGCGGCUUCAGAGUCUCUUCUCGUUGCCGCCACCACUCUUACCUCUGCCGCCAGUGCCGCCAGCACCUCUACCUCCGAAGACUCUAACGACGACUCCAGCUCGUCAUCUGAUGGCAGCCCGGCCGGUGGCCACACAGGCGAUAGUGGUGCCACCACGAGCCAAGCCUCUCUACUAGCUGCUGUGUUGGCUGUCGGUGCUGCUAUGGCCUUCGGCUGGUAAUCACCACCACCCCUAUCCCCCACCUAUCCUCUCCACGCAUUUAUUAGGGGAGGUCUGGGUUCUAAUCUUCUAUCUGUAUGUAUUGGGAGGAGGAAGCGAUGCGCUGUAUAAUAGAUACCCCUGGAUGGACGCCUGGAAUCUCGGCGAGCACUGUCGCACCGGUUGUUAGACAAAUUACAAGCUAGAGUCGAGACAGGACGUGGUAAAGACGAGGCGAAGGAAAGUAAUGCGUAUGGACGUUUACGUCACGGGAUGAGACUGGCUGUGUAGGCGUGUCGCGGUAAUAGGGAUAAAUAAAGAAGCUUGAUCCAAUGGUCGUUUGGCCGUGCAGGGUUCGAUAUACAAACCUUCGAUUAAUGCCUGAUAUUGCAUCGAACUGAAUUAUGAACAGGCCUUAAUAAUCAAUCCCUAUCUCCUCG